AUGAAGGAGAAAUCCAAAAACGCGGCCAAGACGCGGCGGGAGAAGGAGAAUGGGGAAUUCUACGAGCUGGCCAAGCUGCUGCCCCUGCCCUCGGCCAUCACCUCCCAGCUGGACAAGGCCUCCAUCAUCCGCCUCACCACCAGCUAUCUGAAGAUGCGGGCCGUCUUCCCCGAAGGUCUGGGCGACGCCUGGGGACAGCCGAGCCGCCUGGGGCCUCUGGACAGUGUGGCCAAGGAGCUGGGCUCCCACCUGCUGCAGACCCUGGACGGCUUUGUGUUCGUGGUGGCGUCUGACGGCAAAAUCAUGUACAUUUCCGAAACGGCCUCCGUCCAUCUGGGGCUGUCCCAGGUGGAGCUCACUGGCAACAGCAUUUACGAGUACAUCCACCCCUCAGACCACGACGAGAUGACGGCCGUGCUCACAGCCCACCAGCCUCUGCACCCCCACCUCCUCCAAGAGUACGAAAUAGAGCGCUCUUUCUUCCUCCGGAUGAAGUGUGUCCUGGCCAAGAGAAACGCAGGGUUGACCUGCAGCGGGUACAAGGUGAUCCACUGCAGCGGCUAUUUGAAGAUCAGGCAGUACAUGCUGGACGUGUCCCUGUACGACUCCUGUUACCAGAUCGUGGGGCUCGUGGCCGUCGGCCAGUCCCUGCCUCCCAGCGCCGUCACCGAGAUCAAGCUACACAGCAACAUGUUCAUGUUCCGGGCCAGUCUGGACCUGAAGCUCAUCUUCCUUGAUUCCAGGGUGACGGAGCUGACGGGCUACGAGCCACAGGACCUGAUCGAGAAAACCCUGUACCACCACGUCCAUGGCUGCGACGCCUUCUACCUGCGCUACGCUCACCAUCUCUUGCUGGUGAAAGGCCAGGUGACCACCAAGUACUACCGGCUGCUGGCCAAGCGCGGAGGCUGGCUCUGGGUGCAGAGCUGUGCCACCAUCGUCCACAACACCCGCUCGUCCCGGCCUCACUGCAUCGUGAGUGUCAAUUAUGUCCUCACGGACGUAGAGUACAAGGAACUCCAGCUCUCCCUGGAUCAGGCCUCCAGCUCCAAGCCCCGGUAUGCCUGCAGGACCUCCCUGUCCGCCUCUCACGAACCCCGGAAGGCCGCCAAGCCCAAGAGCAGCAGUCACAAGGCCAGGACCAAGGUCCGCAGCUCCGGCCCCUACCUGCCCCAGCCAUACAGCUUGUUCCAGUUGGACAAACCGGACUGCGGCAGCCAACCGGGCCCCUGGAGAGCCGGGCCCCCGGCCCAGGCCCCCGGCCCCGAAGCCCACCUGCGUCCCGAGGGCGGCGAACUGCUCUUAGGCCCCCCGUCCUACGGCCUGCCGUUCUCCUACCGCUACGGCCCCUUCCCCGUCGAACCCCACGUCCUGGGCGGCAAGAAGGCCGGGGCGCUGCCCCCACGGCUCGGCCCGCCGCAGGGCCCCCCGUGCCAGGUGGCCCGUCUCCUGCUGGGCACGCUGCAGCCCGGCCCCGCCGACUGCCAGUGGCACCACCCCGCCGCCCUCCUGCCGCCCGGCCCGGCCCCGGCCCGAGCCCUGCCCCAGCUGCCCGGGAGCGGUGCCCGCCUCGGCCUGGCCCACGGCUACCAAGCUGCCCCGCCGUCCCGCCGCUACGCCGAGGGGGUCGGACCGUCCAGCUGUGCCGCGGCCGGGCCCCCCGCGUACGCCCCGAGAGCCGGGAAGGCGGCGGAAGCGGGCCCCGUCGGCGAGGAGGAAGACAAGGGGGCGUUCGGACGGGACUCGGCCCCCGGUCCCCACUGCCUCCGGCCCAAAGUGCCGCUCCCGGCCGCCUACGAGGCGGGCGCGAGGCCGUGCGCCAAGGAACCCCGCUCGGGCGGCCCCGUCCCGCAGGCCGGAGGGGAGCGCGGGGCGCCGGGGGGGCCGCUGCCCCUCGUGCUCUUCAAUUACCGCCACGUGCUGGCCAAGCACGGGGCCCUCACGCCGCCCGCCGGCCCGGGCCCGGGCCCCGACCAGCCCCUGGGCUACGGCCCGCAGGACGUCAACGCCUUCCUCUACCGCAACCCCGGCCCCGCCGCCGCGGCCCCGGACGCCCUCCCCCACUACAUCGGCACCUCCGUCAUCAUCACCAACGGCAGGUGA